GUUCUAUUGCUGAAAGUUGCAUGGAAGACGGUCAUAUGAUGAAUGACCAUAAUACCCUGGCUAUUAGUUGUGAGAUCAUGCGUAACGACCUAAGACAGAAAGGGUAGAGAAGUCAAUAUACAGGAUCGUGUCAUGGGAGCUGCGCGAACUUGUUUGGAGCUAUGUUACCUUAAAGAUUACUUGCCCUUUAUCACUUUCCUUCUACUUUCUAUCACAGGAAGUUUAGGCAGCAGGUCAGUAGUGAAAGAAGAGACAAGCAACAGAGAGAUAAACAUUGCUAAAAUAGUCCUUUCCAAGGACUUUGUCAAUGGCACUAACUCUAGCUUGUUGACGCAUAAACUCCCUAACCCUCUCGCAACACCAAUUGGCACUGAUAGAUUUGGAUUUGGACCAGCAUGCUCUGAGCGCGAUAUAGACAUAAAUCAAAUGCCGAACCCAGCAGUCCCAAUCGAAUUUUCAUACGUCAUAGUCGUGAUAAGUAACUUCUGCACAUCAGACGCCUGCAGACUUGGUAACAUCCAUGUUAGUUGCGGGGGGUUCAACUUCGAUAAGGGCCCCACCAUACAUCCCACCAUGUUGCGGAGAAUCUCCGACGAUGACUGUCUUGUGAACAACGGUGAUCCCCUUGGGCAGUCGGAAGUGUUGAUAUUUGAGUAUUACAGUAUUCACAUUUAUCCUUUCUCUGUUUCCUCUGUUACUUGUGUAUAAUAUCUGAAAUACGUAAUCGUUUGCCAUAAUACAGUACUUGGUAUGUAUGAUCAUAAUACAAUGUGUUAGUGUAUGAAUCCAAUAAUAAUAAAAAUAAUGCUUUUGUGAGUAAAUUUACGAAUUAAAUUUACUUCAUGCGCUGCCUCAUGCUGGGUUUUUCUUUCUAUUUUUCUAAUUUUGUAAAUUUGUUGUACACAUGAGUACAUGACUCCUAUAAUCCAAUGCAGUAAGAGAAAUGAAAACAGAGUUGC